AUGUACCCCAAACAGGUACCAGCGGACUUUACCCCAUUCCCACUGCCAAAGCACGACGAGUCGCUCGGCUUUGGACCGGUGCGGCUGCGCAACGUACCCGACGUUGAAGAAGCGCGGCUGCGGAUGGAUUCUGCUGCUGCGGCUAGACCUCGUAAGUCAAACUCUCGGCCCGCCACAACGGCAACGAUGAUGUCACAGUUGGAGCCUGAGGUGGAGAGCGCAGAGGUCUUAACGGCUGCCAUGUUAUGGGGCGAUCUAAACACCGAGAACAUGGAUGAUGCAACAUCCGCAGCGAUGACAGACGUGGUGGUGCCACACCCAGGCAGCGGUGCAUCUUCCAGUUCUCCAGCGGUAGGAACGCCUUCGACCGCGGCGAACGAUGCGGAGGAUAAUGAUGGGGACGGCAACGAGCUGGGCGGCUACCACACGCACCCACAGUUUCCGCUGCUUGAUAUUCUCGAGUGCGACCGCAGCGUGGAGGACCUUUUAGCGCAGUUCUGGGACCGCCCGCAGCGGGAGGCGCGAACCGCAACAGUGCUCGACUUCGCCUCUACGCUGCAGAAGCGCAGCAACGAGGAGCUGACGCGCAUUCUCUACGAGUUGAGUUCUCUCUUCACGUGGGACGGUAAUGGGCUGCAGUUCUUGGUGACGAAGGUGGUCAAGUUCGGUCGCGGCUACACCGUCACCAGUGAGCUGACGAAGGCCUUUGUGGUGCUUGUGGAUGCGAUGACGGUGGCUUUUGUGGAGGCGCAGCCGCAGCGGCUGGCGGAGUCACCGGACCUCUUCGCCCAGGUCCUUCACUUUUUAGCGCUGGUGAAGAUCAUGGAACCGAACAAGUGGUACUCGCUGACGGCGAACUCGAUGCAGAACCGUGCGGACUACUCCCAUCCUCGUGGCAUCAACCAAACCACGGCCUACGUAACGACGGGGCGAAAUCUGCUGGACUUCUUAGAAGACAUUGUCACGAGCGGGCAUGAAGUGGAUGAGAACGCAGACGUGCCUCUUCCACUGAAGGAAACAGACGAGGAUGCGGCGCGUGCGCUUCGACUGACGGCAACGUGGACGCCGGACAACAUUCUGGAUGUGCUCGCUGGCUUCGCCGGCGUCAUGCCAGACGGUAAGGCGUCCUCUGCUGUGGUGACUGCCUUGCUGGAUGAGCUUUGGCGGCAGUGGUCGCGCCUGGACUUUGAGCUCACCACGCCGCAGCACGCGGAGCAGCUAGAGCGGCUGUACAUGCUGUUGCAAGUCAUGGACGUGCAGCGCGAUGCCGUGCUGGAUGCACUGCUGGGCGGUCAGCUGCGUGGACACAGGAGAGCUUCCGGCUCCUCUGCUCCAUUGUUCCGCGAGCGCGACGACACGCCCCCGCUGAAGCUGGCGGCGUCGCUGACGGCCGUACGCGGACCGGACUUCUUCUCCGGCGUGUCGAAGGACAGGCGAGCAGAGGUAAAGGCGGCCGCGCUGAAGGUGCUGACGGCGAGUCUUGCGAGGGCACGCGCAACGCAAGACGAGCCGCUGCUGCAGGCGCUGGUGGAGGGUGGAACGGAGCUGCUACAAUCGCUGGACGACAAGGAACUCGCGCGCACGCUUGCCCAACGCGAGGGGUUCGACACGGCGAUUCUGAAGGCGGUGCCGCACAUGUCGAGUGUUGCGGAUCGGCUCACUGCGCAGGACCCGUCGUGGAGCGUGUAUCCUCUGACGCGCACCGUGAAGGGCGGCCUGCCGGACACCAACGCCGUCCUCGCACACCUCCGCACGCAUCCGGUGCCUUACGUCGCCGCUUUCCAAGGUCGACGUGUCCACCCGGUGCGCACCUUCACGGCGAAUCUUGAUUUCAUCAAGUCGAUGGACAACGUAUUUGUUCUGCACUCGAGCGGGGUGUCGACGCACGUGAGCGGGCUCGUGUCGGUAGUGCGCCGCCUGCGCAGCGGCAAGGAUGCAUUGAUCGUCACGUCUAGCUGCCUGCGCGCGCUGCAAGCCGCUGCACAGUACGGACGAACGGAGAGGAUUCGCGGCAGGGCGGACCGUGCGUUGAACAUCGUCGCCUACGAGUUGGAGUCCGGCCGUGCUAUCCUGCUGCCCCUCAGCGAGGAGCUGUACCUGCACGACGCCGGCACGUACUGCGACGAGGAUUUAAUGCUGUGGACCCUUGCCGCGUACCUGGCGCGCGACCUACCGCUCGUGAAGGUGCACACGAUCAUGAGCAAGCUAAGCCCCGCCCGCAACCCGCAUCACAUGCUGAAGGCGGAGUUCAGUCCUGUGGCGCGCACGACAGAUCUGUACGACGCCUCCACCCCCCUCCUGCGGUCGCUGCGGAGCAAGGAGCUGCGGUCGGUGACGCACCACCCGGUGCUGCAGCGACCCGUGGCGGACCGUCCGCCCUCGCUCCACAACGUGAACCAGAUCCGUGCCCGCUUUGUGUACCGCCGCGACAAGGCCUUGUUCGACAAGUACCACGUAACGGCGCGCAACCUCGCCCCCGGCUUUAGCCAGGGUGCCCUCAACAGUGAUCUUCGUGGGCUUGGGUUUUACACCCCUGACCAUCCGCAGGUGCGGUACACGCCUGUCUCCGAGCUUGUGGUUCGUCCUGUGCAACGGUAA